AUGCGGCUCACUCUUCCCUAUGUGUCAUUAGGAUCUUUCAUCAAUGUAUCUUUCUCUCUCUCUCUCAUUCUAUCUUCUGUUUCUUUCUCUCAAUCAAUUCUCUUUUUCUUUUCUCUCGCAUACUAUUCUUUCUUUUUCUCAUCUCUCGCUUACUUUAUAUUACACUUUCUUUCUAUUUCCCACAAUCUCUUAAAAUACGUUUCUCACUUAUUAUUUUUUCUUUUUCUAUCCCUACCACACUCACUGUCUUUCUCUUUGUAUCCCCCGUGUCUUUCUCUUUGUAUCCCCCGUGUCUUUCUCUUUGUAUCCCCUGUGUCUAUCUCUUUGUAUCCCCCUGUGUCUAUCUCUUUGUAUCCCCCACUUUCUCUUUGUAUCCCCCGUGUCUUUCUCUUUGUAUCCCCCGUGUCUUUCUCUUUUGUAUCCCCCUGUGUCUUUCUUUUGUAUCCCCCCGUGUCUUUCUCUUUGUAUCCCCCGUGUCUUUCUCUUUGUAUCCCCCGUGUCUUUCUCUUUGUAUCCCCCGUGUCUUUCUCUUUGUAUCCCCCGUGUCUUUCUCUUUGUAUCCCCCGUGUCUUUCUCUUUGUAUCCCCCGUGUCUUUCUCUUUGUAUCCCCCGUGUCUUUCUCUUUGUAUCCCCCGUGUCUUUCUCUUUGUAUCCCCCGUGUCUUUCUCUUUGUAUCCCCCGUGUCUUUCUCUUUGUAUCCCCUGUGUCCCCCUGUAUCCCCCAUUCUUUCUCUUUGUAUCCCCCAUGUCUUUCUCUUUGUAUCCCCUGUGUCUUUCUCUUUGUAUCCCCCGUGUCUUUCUUUUGUAUCCCCCCGUGUCUUUCUCUUUGUAUCCCCCGUGUCUUUCUCUUUUGUAUCCCCGUGUCUUUCUCUUUGUAUCCCCCCCGUGUCUUUCUCUUUGUAUCCCCUGUGUCUUUCUCUUUGUAUCCCCUGUGUCUUUCUCUUUGUAUCCCCUGUGUCUUUCUCUUUUGUAUCCCCCGUGUCUUUCUCUUUGUAUCCCCUGUGUCUUUCUCUUUUGUAUCCCCUGUGUCUUUCUCUUUGUAUCCCCCGUGUCUUUCUCUUUGUAUCCCCCUGUGUCUUUCUCUUUUUGUAUCCCCCGUGUUUUCUCUUUGUAUCCCCUGUGUCUUUCUCUUUUGUAUCCCCCUGUGUCUUUCUCUUUGUAUCCCAUCUCUACUUUCUUUCUCUUUGUAUCCCAUCUCUACUUUCUUUCUCUUUGUAUCCCAUCUCUACUUUCUUUCUCUUUGUAUCCCAUCUCUACUUUCUUUCUCUUUGUAUCCCAUCUCUACUUUCUUUCUCUUUCUAUCACUCGCUCCGUCAUAUUUCUCCUCUUCCUUCUCGCUGCGUUGUUUUUACUCUUCCCCUCUCAUCUCGUUUUGCUAGUGUUCCUUCGUCUUCCAUUUUCUCUCUUCAAAUUAACAACAAUUUGUCUCUCUCUCUCUCUCCACGUCUUGUCUCUCUCUCUCUCUCUCUCCACGUCUUGUCUCUCUCUCUCUCUCUCUCCACGUCUUGUCUCUCUCUCUCUCUCUCUCUCUCCCGUCUUGUCUCUCUCUCUCUCUCUCUCACGUCUUGUCUCUCUCUCUCUUGUCUCCACGUCUUGUCUCUCUCUCUCUCCACGUCUUGUCUCUCUCUCUCUCUCCACGUCUUGUCUCUCUCUCUCUCCACGUCUUGUCUCUCUCUCUCUCCACGUCUUGUCUCUCUCUCUCUCUCCACGUCUUGUCUCUCUCUCUCUCUCCACGUCUUGUCUCUCUCUCUCUCUCCACGUCUUGUCUCUCUCUCUCUCUCUCCACGUCUUGUCUCUCUCUCUCUCCACGUCUUGUCUCUCUCUCUCGUCUCUCUUUCCACAGCGUCUCUCUCAUAUAGAGCUUUCGGCUUUAUAG